AUGGAGCUGCGGGCCCGAGGUUGGUGGCUGCUUUGCGCGGCCGCCGUGCUGGCCGCCUGCGCCCGCGGGGACCUUGCCAGCAAGAGCCGGAGCUGCAGCGAAGUCCGCCAGAUCUACGGCGCCAAGGGCUUCAGCCUAAGCGACGUGCCCCAGGCGGAGAUCUCGGGAGAGCACCUGAGGGUCUGCCCCCAGGGCUACACCUGCUGUACCAGCGAGAUGGAGGAGAAGCUGGCCAACCGCAGCCGUGCUGAGCUAGAGGCUGCCCUCCUGGACAGCGGCCACGCCCUGCAGACCACGCUCGCCACCCAGCUGCAGAGCUUCGAUGAUCACUUCCAGCACCUGCUGAACGAGUCGGAGCGGGCGCUGCAGGAUGCCUUCCCCGGCACCUUGGGCGAGCUGUAUGCGCAGAGCGCCAGGGCCUUCCGGGACCUGUACGCCGAGCUGCGCCUCUACUACCGCGGCGCCAACCUGCACCUGGAGGACACGCUGGCAGAGUUCUGGGCCCGCCUGCUGGAGCGCCUCUUCCGGCAGUUGCACCCGCAGCUGCUCCUCCCCGAUGACUACCUGGACUGCCUGGGCAAGCAGGCCGACACGCUGCGGCCUUUCGGAGAAGCCCCUCGCGAACUGCGCCUGCGCGCCACCCGCGCCUUCGUGGCAGCUCGAGCCUUCGUGCAGGGCCUGGGCGUGGCCGGUGACGUGGUACGGAAGGUGGCCCAGGUGCCCCUGGGCCCGGAGUGCACGAGGGCUGUCAUGAAGCUGGCAUACUGCGCACCUUGCCUGGGGGUCCCUGGCGCCCGGCCCUGCCCGGACUACUGCCGCAACGUGCUCAAGGGUUGCCUGGCCAACCAGGCCGACCUCGAUGCCGAGUGGAGGAACCUUCUGGAUUCCAUGGUGCUCAUCACUGACAAGUUCUGGGGCCCCUCGGGAGCAGAGAGUGUCAUCGGCAACGUGCAUUUGUGGCUGGCAGAAGCCAUCAACGCCCUCCAGGACAACAAGGACAUACUCACAGCCAAGGUCAUCCAGGGCUGUGGGAACCCCAAGGUGAACCCCCAGGGCUCUGGGCCCGAGGAGAAGUGGCACCCGGGCAAGCUGGUAUUACAGGAGAAGCCUCCCACUGGCGCAUUGGAGAAGCUGGUCUCGGAGGCCAAGGUGCAGCUCCGGGAUGCCCAAGACUUCUGGAUCAGCCUCCCUGGUGUGCUGUGCAGUGAGAAGUUGGCCAUGAGCAGCGCCAGUGAUGACCGCUGCUGGAACGGCAUGGCCAAAGGCAGGUACCUCCCAGAAGUGAUGGGCGAUGGCCUGGCCAAUCAGAUCAACAACCCCGAGGUGGAGGUGGACAUCACCAAACCCGACAUGACCGUCCGCCAACAGAUCAUGCAGCUGAAGGUCAUGACCAAUCGGCUUCGCGGCGCCUACAGUGGCAACGACGUGGACUUCCAGGACGCCAGUGACGACAGCAGUGGCUCGGGCAGUGGUGAUAGCUGCCCAGACGACCUCUGUGACCGGAGGGUCAGCAAGAAGAGCUCCAGCUCACGGACAACCCUGACUCAUGCCCUCCCCGGCUUGUCGGAACGGGAGGGCCAGAAGACCGCGGCUGCGAGCUGCCCCCAGCCCUGCGUGUCCCUGCUGCUGCUGCUCCUCGCCCUGGUCCUCUCAGCUGCCAGCCCCACGUGGCGGUAACUGCCCCAGGCCCCAGGGACCGAGGCCAAGAACUGACUUUGCCAAAACGCAGAACAGAUGAUAUUUAAUUCUCCAUGGCCUAGAGGCCCCAGGGCAGGACAGGGAGGGACAGUGAGGGACCCCGGCUCUGUGACUGCACUGGAGGGGGUGGGGGGCAAGGGCGUUGGCCCUCCCUCCUGGCUCCACCGGCCACCCUGGCUUUUAGUUUUGUAGGAGGCCCUCAGGUCAGCCAGGAACAAUGUCCCCAAAAGCCAUGUAUUUCAGGGAUCUGGGGGAUGCCGGUGGCCACCUCCCGCCUGCCCACCUGCGCCUCUCCCCCCAGCUCCCUGAGCAGCAUCCCGCUGGAGAGAGCGAGCCUGUGCCUUCCUCUCCUGCCUCUUCCCACGGAGAACUUUGGGCUCCAGGUGUCAGAAACCGAGGCCCAGCCCUGGGUGCCUCAGGAUCCCCGGGAGGGCAGCGGGGUGUCUGCCAUUUAGGGGCGAGCGGACCCCUGAGAUUAUGCAUGAACCUUCCGACUCAGCCAGGCCCCCGUGAUCACACACACACACACAUCCGCCGAGCCCCUCAGCCUCCAGGAGAGUUCUACCUGGGCUGGAACCCUUGCUGACUGUCCAUGUGGACCUCAUUCUCUCCAAGGACCAGCUGCAAAGGCCUGGGGUGCACAGGGGCCGCCAUGGGCACAGCCUCACCCCUCUGGGCACUGCUCUUGGGUGACCUGUGUGCGGGGCUGGGGGUGCUGAUCCUGGCCUCCCCAGGAGAGCAGGCUAGGCCCUCCGCAGACAUGGGCACCCCCUUGAACACAGGGCCCCACGACUGUGCAGAGGGCCUGCCCACCUAUGCUCCUGCCUCAUCCCCACCAGACCCGGGGCCCCAAGCUCCAGGUGAUGCAGGCAGUGCUGGAGGCCACACCUGGCCAGAGGAUCUGGGUGGCCGGUGAAACUUCAGCUCGGCCAGGGGGCCUGACCCCGAGAGCCAGAGGGCCACCUGGGUCCCUCCUGACCCCGCCAGCUGUAGGGGCCUGGGGGGCUUUGAUAGUUAAGGGCUUUUCCAAACGUACAGACAUUCAUAGACGCUUUCCAUCUGUUCACUCAGAGCUGCUUUUCAGCUCCUCCUCCCAGAGCUUAGAAGGGCUGGGGGUUCCCGGACCUGGGGGCCACCCCUGCUCACUCGGGCUGUCCAGACCCUCCCCCAGGCUCAGGACCUCCCUCCCUCCCUUCCUGGCCCCAGCUGCCCUGGGCCCUGGGGAGGGGGCUGGACCCCGCCAGAAAAGGGCUCAGGCAAGAGGACCCUCGAGGGUCUGUGGGAUGCUGAGCCACUGUGGCCAGGGACAGCAGUCCUAACCAGCACCAGGGCCCGACAAGGCCACUUAGCGCUGCUUUGCCUCACCUCCCAUGCUGGCCAGGGCCCCCAGCCUAUGUCCCACCGAGCAGCACACUCCCACAGGCACUCCCACCCCACAGUAACCCUGCUCAUGCCAGGCCGGGGGGCAGGGCCUGGGGCCUCCUUCCCUGUAGGUGAGGGCCAGCUGGACUCUCAGGGUCUCUGGGGCGGUGGCUGCCUGCGUGCCUGGAUGGCAGCAUAUGGCUGCACAUGGCUGUCCCGUCGGGGGCCUACACUAUACGUCUCCCUGCAGAGGCGGCCCAGCACAGCCCCCAGCCAGGUGGUAGCCA